AUGGCCCCACAUUUAGAACACGGUAAAACCAUAGACUACGGGAUGAAGCUCGCAUCGCUGAUGUCGGCCCCCAUUGUCAAUGAUGUACCAACACUGGACAAACUCACUGCUCUCGAGCUCAAUCACUUAAUCUUGCAUGAAUCGCCGUCACAGCAAAAUGACAAUACUACAGACUUGCCGGAGCUCAGCUAUAUGCUGUCGCAAAUUUUUAAAUCGUUCACCUUUGAACUCCCAGACGUGACAGAGCUACAGGUCCCAUUACAAAAAAUUCGCUAUCAGGAUGACAGACUUCACAGAAAGUUUGCCACAACAGGCGAAAAUAACCUGAUUUACCUAUAUGACAAAGAUCAGUGCCAAUGGAACUGGCCACUCCCAAAAUCACACCAUGAUCAGGUCAAGCAAUGGUUGCUCACCAGUGAUGGCAGUCUUGGAGAUGGGAAGGAGCAGGACACCAUGCCAGCAAGCAUGGAGUCUGGAAGUGGACUUGGAGGUAGCCUGCCAGUGAGUGACAGCUUGCCCUUGGAAGAAGAAGAAGAAGAAGAGUCUGCACCAUCGCCCCCAUUCGAGGGAGUCUUCAUGAUGUUCUUCAAUGUUAUACGUUUUGCGCUCGCCCAGAAGGUGCCAAAGAUUAUCCAGGAAACCAAUCCUGUGCCACGCCUAUGGAGUGCGGGCAAUGCUACACGCCCUGUGAAAGAUGAAGAAGUCGCGCAAAAGCCUGACCUUGUGUUGUUGGACGAUGUAGAAGCUUGA